AUGCAGCUCAUGGACGCAGCUGUGGCGAAGACAGAUCAGACAGGCUGGUUUAAGCAGACAGGCUGGCCGGAGCACUUUGCAGGCCGCAAUCUGGCACAUCUUGCGCAUCAGGCCCAGCUGCCCAAUCGAGGCGAGCGCAGGAAGAAGAAGAUAGACUACAUGAAGGAUGCGCGCGAGCUGUUCUGCUGGCAAGGCUCGCAGCGCUUGCGGGCAAUGCAGCUGUGGGACGCUUUAGAAGGUGGCGAUUAA